GACUGGCGCAUACUCAAUUUUCUAAUGCCAUCAGAAGACGAUAUUGGUCCAUUUUGACAAUUAAAUACGAAUUUUUAUCAAAGUUGACCUGAACUUUCGCAGUAAUCCGUCACCACCCAAGACUGAUACUAGAUGUCAGCUUCAUGAUCAGUUUCUAUUCUCAUGACCGAUGUUAAAAUAAGUUAGCACUAACCAGUGAUAUACGCGUUGGUAAUUUUUCUUUAUACUCGUUUACGAAAUGGCUCUACCACGUUUUUUCGUUCGCGCUUCGAAUCUAGUGAAAAUCGCUCCAGUUUUUAAUUCACAUUCCAGCAAAAUAAACCCCAAGUACGUUCACACAUCAAGCAGCACACUCGCAGCACGUCUCUUCACGGAAAAACACGAAUGGGUCGAGAUCAACGACAAAAUAGGCAUCGUAGGUAUUUCACAAUACGCACAGGAAGCUUUAGGUGAUGUAGUUUACGCCCAACUGCCAGAUGUCGACACAAUAGUUAAACAGAACGAGGAAUGUGGUGCUCUUGAAAGUGUGAAAGCAGCGAGCGAAAUUUAUAGCCCCGUCUCUGGAAAGGUUAUCGAAAAAAAUGUUCAAGUCGAAGAUACGCCAUCUCUUAUCAACACAUCGUGUUACGACAAAGGUUGGCUGUUCAAAGUGGAAUUAACGGACAACGGCGAAGCACAGGCUCUCAUGACAGAAGACAAAUACAAAGAGUUUCUCAAAACACAGGAGCACCAUUAAAUAGUAUUAGUUGUAUCAUUGUUGUGCAAAUAAAUUUGUUAUAUAAA